UAUGAUAUUAUAGUACUAGAGUUAUACUAGAGUUUCUAAUCUAUAUAAAUUAUGGUCCUGGGCAAAGUACAAGCAGUAUAAGCAGUAUAAGCAGCGCUCCAACACCUCUGUAAGUUACGAAUACUGCUGGGAAACAGAGUUCCAUAGAGCCUCAGGCUUGGAGCUUCGAUCUCUGGUAUUAACGUCGUACAUUCGGGGACCCAAUGUCCCUGAAUCAAGCCGCCCAGGUCAGACACCAUCAACAAGCGCUUGCAGCUAAGCUGCCGUACGUGCAAUAUGCCUCCAAAAGCAAAGACGAUGUUUGAGCUGGAUAGCCCUUAUUCAGAUGUUGCACUGCCUCAACUAAGCCCGGCUGAUCAGGAUACUAUCCUUAAUCUUCUUACCAGCUUCCUCUCGCCUAUCGGCCACUACCACACCACCCACAUUACCCCCUCAAAAGGAAAACGCAGCAAGAAGGCCAAGCGCCGGGAACUCAAAGGUGGUGCGGCCAAACCAGCCCAAGACGAAGCCUCAGUGCCACCCCCCGAGCUAAUCUCGCAUAUCCUCGUCGGUCUCAAUAGCAUUACCCGGCACCUCGAGUCUCAAUCUCGGAAAGCCUGUCCACCAUCACUUGGUGUGCCAAUACCCAGUUAUGACGGGCCAGCAAACUCACAACGACAUCUCGCCGUAGUCGUCACGACUUGGCCCUCCGUACCUACUAUCCUCACCUCUCAUCUCCACAAGCUUGUUCAGACAAGCUCCUUGCUCCACCACAAUCUCCCGCCGACCCGGUUCGUCACCCUUCCAAGGAGCAGUGAAAAGCGUCUCUGCAGUGCCCUUGGUGUUCCACGUGCGGGUUUUAUCGGGAUAUUCGAUGGUGCUCCUUCUGCUACAGCAGUGAUUGACUUCUGCGUCGCGAAUGUACCCGAAUUAGAGGUCGAUGGUUGGCUGAAGGUUGAUAAGAGCGCCUUCAUGCCACUGAAAAUAAACACCAUUGAAGCGGCUGAUUCUGUUGUGCAGAACAAAGUCUGAAUGAAUGAACUACAUUACCCAC